AUGACAGCUAAGAAGAAGUCUAGUGCGGGAAAAAAGUUCGUCUCGUUCUCAGACGAUGAUGGCGUCUCUAGAUCCAAUCGCUUUUCAAAUAGCCAUGCCAAUGCUGAUGGUCCACCAGUUUACGUUAGACGCACUUGGUUCAUUAUACCGUUCCAUCUGCCGCUACUUACCUAUUGGUUCUUAAAGUAUUCUGAUAAUUACGAUAUCAAGACGUUAGCUUGGUGCUUAAUACCCUGCCAAUUGGCAUAUUUGGUGAUGCAAUUCAACCAAUGCACUGUAUAUGGCAAUAAAAUAGUCAAGAUCAAUAUCCUACUUUUGUUCAUAUCUGCUGUUACAGCACUAUUACUAACCAUCCCGUGCACCAUAAUAUGCAUUUUAUUUGGUGCUCCAUUCCUGGAAAAGCUUGAUAGAACUUGGUGGUUGUCCCUGCAUUGCUGUAUCCUCGCAUACCCUGCUAUUUACUCAGUUUGCAAUAGUGAUUUUAAGGUUGGUUACUUUAAGAAGUAUUUUAUUCUCAUCGCUGUAGGGUGUUGGAUCAGCUGUGCAGCAAUUCCUCUUGAUUGGGAUCGACCAUGGCAAUCUUGGCCCAUACCAUUGAUAGUAGGCGGAUACUUGGGUGCAUUCGUUGGAUAUACAUUUGGUACAUUAAUUUAA